AUGGCCGCAGAUGACAAACGAUCUCCGACACUGGAGUCUACCAGUGAUCUACCUCAUUCUCCUAGUAGUCCAUCUCAUCUCACUCACUUCAAACCCCUGACUCCUGACCAGGAUGAGCCUCCUUUUAAAUCAGCCUACAGCUCUUUUGUAAAUCUCUUCCGUUUCAGCAAAGGUAAAGCAGAGGCAGGACAGAGUGAUCCACAAGCAUUGAGUGGUGGCUGGUCCAGUCCUCAGCAUCCCACCAGGGCUCAGUCGCUGAGGUCACCGGUUUCACACAAAAAACAACUGACUGGUGAGCUGCAAAGAAGAUCUUCUACAACCCUGGACAAUCGAAGGAAAGUAGAACCACCUCUUGGAGGUCACGAUCCUCGAACAGCAGUUCAGUUAAGAAGCCUCAGCACCGUUCUAAAGCGCCUCAAAGAAAUUAUGGAGGGGAAGAGCCAGGACAGUGACUUGAAACAGUACUGGAUGCCUGACAGCCAGUGCAAAGAAUGCUAUGACUGCAGUGAGAAAUUCACCACCUUCCGGCGGAGGCACCACUGUCGGCUUUGUGGGCAGAUCUUCUGUAGUCGAUGCUGCAAUCAGGAAAUCCCUGGAAAAUUCAUGGGCUACACGGGGGAUCUACGAGCCUGCACUUACUGCCGCAAAAUAGCCUUAAGCUAUGCACACUCCACAGACAGUAACUCCAUUGGAGAAGACUUAAAUGCUCUGUCAGAUUCUGCGUGUUCUGUCUCAGUGCUGGAUCCUGGCGAGCCACGCACACCAGUUGGGAGCCGUAAAGCUAGCCGCAACAUCUUUCUGGAGGAGGAUCUAACCUGGCAAAGUUUGAUUCACCCGGACUCUUCAACUACGACGUUGUCUGCACGCCUUGGGCCUGUCCAGGAGGAUGCAGGGAAAUCGCCAGCUAGGAACAGAUCAGCCAGCAUCACUAACCUGUCACUGGAUCGAUCAGGUUCACCAAUGGUGCCUGCCUAUGAGACAUCUGUCAGCCCCCAGGCCAGUCGCACACAUAUGAAGGCAGAGACCAGCGAGGAUGAGCGCAAAAUCCUUCUGGACUCAGUCCAGCUGAAAGAUCUGUGGAAGAAAAUCUGUCAUCACAACAGUGGGAUGGAGUUUCAAGACCAUCGCUACUGGCUGCGGACGCAUCCCAACUGCAUUGUGGGAAAAGAGCUGGUCAACUGGCUCAUCAGAAAUGGGCACAUAACCACAAGGGCUCAAGCCAUUGCAAUAGGGCAAGCGUUGGUUGAUGGACGCUGGCUAGAAUGUGUCAGUCAUCAUGAUCAGCUCUUCAGAGAUGAGUAUGCUCUCUACAGACCAUUACAGAGCACGGAGUUCUCGGAAACUCCAUCUCCAGACAGUGACUCUGUGAACUCUGUGGAGGGGCACUCUGAGCCAUCCUGGUUCAAAGACAUCAAGUUUGAUGACAGUGACACAGAGCAGAUUGCUGAUGAAGGAGAAGAUAACUUAGCCAACUCCGCCAGUCCUAGCAAGCGCACUUCAGUAAGCAGCUUCCAGUCCACAAUGGACAGUGAUUCAGCCGCCUCCAUCAGCCUGAACGUGGAGCUGGACAACGUGAACUUCCAUAUCAAGAAGCACUCCAAGUACCCACAUGUGCCCCCUCACCCUGCCGACCAAAAAGAGUACUUGAAUCCCGAAAACGGAGGGCAGCAGAUGUUCUCUAUAAGUGAUGCUUUUAUUAAAGAGUCCUUAUUCAAUAGGAGGGUGGAGGAGAAGUCCAAAGAACUCUUUUUCACGCCCCUAGGCUGGCACCACAGCAAUCUGGAUCUGCUGAGAGAGGAGAAUGGGGAGAAACAAGCUAUGGAAAGGCUGCUGUCUGCUAAUCACAACCACAUGAUGGCACUGCUUCAGCAGCUUCUGUACAAUGAGUCCCUGUCACUGUCCUGGAGGGAUAUCAUUGUACCUGUGGUCUGCCAGGUAGUUCAAACUGUACGGCCUGAUGUCAAGAACAGAGAUGAUGACAUGGAUAUCCGCCAGUUUGUCCACAUCAAAAAAAUCCCUGGUGGAAAGAAAUUUGACUCCAUGGUGGUGAAUGGAUUUGUUUGCACUAAGAAUGUUGCACACAAAAAGAUGAACUCUUGCUUAAAAAAUCCCAAAAUUCUUCUGCUGAAGUGCUCAAUUGAGUACCUCUAUCGAGAAGAAACAAAGUUUACCUGCAUAGACCCUAUAGUACUUCAGGAAAGGGAGUUCUUGAAGAACUACGUACAACGGAUAGUUGAUGUCAGGCCUAAUUUGGUCCUUGUUGAGAAGACUGUGUCCCGAAUUGCCCAGGACAUGCUCUUAGAGCAUGGUAUCACUCUGGUCAUCAAUGUCAAGCCGCAAGUAUUAGACCGGGUAAGUCGAAUGACCCAGGGAGACUUAGUGAUGUCAAUGGAUCAACUGUUGACCAAACCACGUUUGGGAACCUGUCAUAAAUUCUAUAUGCAAGUUUUUCAGUUGCCCAAUGAUCAGACAAAAACCCUGAUGUUCUUUGAAGGGUGUCCCCAGCACCUGGGUUGCACUAUUAAGUUGUGUGGUGCUGCGGAGUACGAGCUGGCCCGUGUGAAGGAGAUCCUGAUCUUCAUGGUCUGUGUGGCUUAUCAUUCCCAGCUGGAAAUCUCUUUCCUUAUGGAUGAGUUUGCCAUGCCCCCUACUCUGACCAAAAAUACCUCCUUUCACUCUCUAAUUGAGGAGCCAGGAGAUGAAAACGAGCAACAGAACCUCUUCAAUGGCGAGGAUUUCGGCACAACAGUCAGAGACAUUGAAUUAUCCUGUGAAAAGCUGCCUGUAAUCUCCGAGUCGGUUUCGUUUGAUGAGGUCAGCUUGCUUGAACAAAGAGGUUUGUUUGAGAGAGGUGACCAAGAGAACAGCCAACUGGAAAUGGCAUCCUCAAAACAGCAAGAGCACCACAAAGUGGAGUCACCAUUUCCAGUGUUCAACUCUGUACCUCCUGCAAUACCUGAAACAUCUCUGCUGCCCCUCCAUGGCAUGGACCAGCACUUUGUCACUCUGGAUAGUCAGACACUAGAGCCUCUUCAACAGGCAGACGAUCUGCAGGAAUCUAAGAGUCAGAUGAGAGUCUUCAGAGACCCUCUCCAGGAUGAUACUGGUUUAUAUGUCACAGAAGAGGUAACUUCUUCUGAGGAUCGUCUUAAGACUUACUCUGCAGCAUUUAAGCAGGAGUUGAAAGAUGUCAUUCUCUGUAUUUCUCCUGUAAUGACGUUUCGUGAACCAUUUCUUUUGACUGAAAAAGGCAUGAGGUGCCCUGCCCGGGAAUACUUCCCUGAGCAAGUUUAUUGGUCUCCUCUCCUCAAUAAGGAAUACAAAGAGUUGGAGAGCAGAAGGAAGAGGCAAUUAUUGCGGGAUCUCUCUGGACUACAAGGGAUGAAUGGGAGUAUCCAAGCCAAGGCUGUCCAAAUCUUACCUUCUCAUGAGUUGGUUAAUACUAGAAUAGCAGAACAUCUAGGUGAUAGCCAGAGCUUAGCCAGAAUGUUGGCUGACUAUCGGGCCAGGGGAGGGAGGAUACUGCAGAAAAGCACAGAUCCCUUUGCCCAAAGUAAGGAUGUGUCUAGUGUUCAUACUGGAAAAACUGGGUGCAGAAUUGAAGAGGAUGAGAAGGGACUGACUCAGAGUGAAUCCUCAUGGUCUCAUAAGGUGGAUUGCUUGAGUCCAGUAAACCAUCAGAGGCUCUGUGUUCUCUUCAGUAGCUCUUCUGCUCAGUCCAGCAAUGCUCCAAGUGCCUGUGUUAGCCCCUGGAUUGUGACCAUGGAGUUCUAUGGGAAAAAUGACCUGACCCUAGGGAUUUUUCUGGAGCGCUACUGUUUCAGGCCUUCCUACCAAUGCCCCAGCAUGUUCUGUGAAACACCAAUGGUGCACCACAUUCGUCGCUUUGUUCAUGGGCAAGGCUGUGUGCAAAUUGUGUUAAAGGAGCUGGACUCCCCGGUCCCUGGCUACCAGCACACGAUUCUUACUUACUCCUGGUGUAGACUGUGCAAACAGGUGACACCAGUUGUUCCCCUUUCCAAUGAUUCUUGGUCUAUGUCUUUUGCAAAAUACCUUGAGCUGAGAUUCUAUGGGCACCAGUACACUCGAAGGGCCAAUGCAGAGCCUUGUGGUCAUUCCAUUCACCAUGACUAUCACCAGUAUUUUUCCUAUAAUCAGAUGGUGGCAUCUUUCAGCUACUCUCCAAUCCGUCUGCUUGAAGUGUGUGUCCCACUCCCCAAAAUAUACAUCAAAAGGCAGGCUCCGUCAAAGGUUACUAUUUUGCAGGAUCUGAAGGAUUUCUCUCAAAAGGUGUCACAAGUGUAUCUUGCUGUUGAUGAUCGUCUUGCUUCUCUGAAAACGGAUACUUUCAGCAAAACGAGAGAAGAGAAGAUGGAAGACCUCUUUGCCCAAAAGGAGAUGGAAGAGGGGGAGUUUCGAAACUGGACUGAGAAAAUCCAAGCAAGGCUGCUUUCAUCAUCAUUAGACACACCUCAACAGCUGCAAUCUGUUUUUGAGUCUCUGAUAGCUAAAAAGCAAGGACUUUGUGAGACGCUGCAAGCCUGGAAUAAUAGAUUGCAGGAUCUCUUUCAACAAGAGAAAGGGAGAAAACGCCCGUCAGUACCACCCAGCCCUGGGAGACUGAGGCAAGGUGAAGAAAGCAAGAUCAGUAGCAUGGAUGCUUCCCCACGCAAUGCUUCUCCAGCACUGCAAAAUGGAGAGAAAGAGGAUCGUUUCCUGACUACUUUAUCAAGUCAGAGCUCCACAGGGUCCACGCAUCUUCAGCUGCCCACCCCUCCAGAGGUUGUGUCAGAGCAUGUGACUGGUGCCAACACACUGUCUGAACAGGAUACAACAAGCAGCUCAGAAGAUGUGUUUGAUGGACACUCACUGGGAUCUACAGACAGCCAAGUGAAGGAGAAGUCUACUAUGAAAGCUAUUUUGGCUAACUUUUUGCCUGGAAACAACUAUAACCCCAUUCCAUUUCCCUUUGACCCGGAUAAGCACUACCUAAUGUAUGAGCAUGAACGUGUACCUAUUGCAGUCUGUGAGAAAGAACCAAGCUCCAUCAUAGCUUUUGCUCUCAGUUGCAAAGAGUACAGAAAUGCCCUGGAUGAGUUGUCCAAAGCAUCUCUGAAGAACAGUUCUGAAGAAGGACUACAGUCUUGCAUGUCAGACAGUAAACCAAAGAGCAGUAGCCCUGUCCGCCUGCCUGAGGCUAACAUGGGUCCUUCAAAUCGCAGUGCAGAACAAGAACAGCCAAAGAAACCAUCUGGUGUUUUAUCUUUCUUCCGUGGCACGGGAGGGAAGAGCCCGGACCUGUCUUCCCAGAAGAAAGAGACCUUACGUGGUGCUGACAGUGCCUACUACCAGGUUGGACAGAUGGGCAAAGAGGGAGCAGAAAACCAAGGAGCAGAGCCUCAAGAUGACAUAGAUGGAGGAGAUGGACAGAAGAAACAGCUGGUGAAUCCCCAUGUGGAACUCCAGUUUUCAGAUGCGAAUGCCAAGUUCUACUGCCGGAUUUAUUAUGCUGGCGAGUUUCACAAGAUGCGUGAAGUGAUACUGGGGAGUAGUGAAGAGGACUUCAUCCGAUCCCUCUCUCACUCUAUGCCCUGGCAGGCACGAGGUGGCAAGUCUGGGGCUGCGUUCUAUGUGACUGAGGAUGAUAGAUUCAUCUUGAAGCAGAUGCCUCGUCUGGAAGUCCAGUCGUUCCUCGAUUUUGCUCCACACUACUUCACUUACAUCAUUAAUGCAGUUCAGCAAAAGAAGCCCACAGCACUGGCCAAAAUCCUUGGGGUUUAUAGAAUUGGAUACAAGAACUCUCAAAACAACACUGAAAAGAAGCUGGAUCUGCUUGUCAUGGAGAACCUUUUCUACGGCAGGAAAAUGGCUCAGGUUUUUGACCUGAAGGGCUCCCUCCGGAAUAGAAAUGUUAAAACAGACACAGGAAAGGAAAGCUGUGAUGUAGUACUGCUGGAUGAGAACCUUCUGAAGAUGGUCCGGGACAAUCCUUUGUACAUCCGUUCUCAUUGCAAGGCUGUGCUGAGAGCUUCCAUACACAGUGAUUCUCAGUUCCUCUCCAGCCACCUCAUCAUUGACUAUUCCCUGCUGGUGGGUCGUGAUGAUACCAACAAUGAGCUGGUUGUUGGGAUCAUUGACUACAUUCGCACUUUUACCUGGGACAAAAAGCUUGAAAUGGUGGUGAAGUCGACUGGCAUCUUGGGAGGACAAGGUAAGAUGCCAACUGUGGUCUCUCCAGAACUGUACCGGACCAGGUUUUGUGAAGCUAUGGACAAGUAUUUCCUGAUGGUGCCAGACCAUUGGACAGGACUGGGCCUGAAUUGCUAAGCUAAAGCCCAUAUUGGGAAAGCACAAGAGGACAAUGACAUUAUAGGCCACUCUUUUUCUGUGGUCUGUCCAGCAGUAAGCAAGAGGAUUUCAGUUCCAUGUCUACACUGACCAUGUGCAUCAUCAUGUGAAGUGUGAAAUCUGCUUGUUGCACUUUAAUCCUCUCCUGGAGGCUGAUUAGCGAAGCAGCCUCACCAAGGAUCUAAGCUGUAAGGUACCACUGAACAGCAUUGAUUAGAGACAUUCCCUCUGUCAGUAGGGAAGGUGAUACUAUCUCCAUGUAAGAGCACUGAAACAUACUAUCCAGUUCAUGAUGGUGUCGAACUACGUGAUCUCUUUAAGUCUUGCACUGCCGAAGUGGUGUUGAGUAUGAGCAGCUCAUGUUUCUGUAGUGGAUGUGUGGUACUGCAAAUGUGAAAUAAACCCCCCUGCUGUGUGUGGGUGGGUGAGAGAAGAAUGAAGUUAAUUCCUGAGUUCUGCUGUUGUUGCAGUGAUCUGUAGUUGACCUGUCUAGGAUCCAUGAAUAACUUGUCCUGCUUAUGC